GGAGGACGGGGACAUUCAUUGCUCUGAAUGUCCUGACAGAGCAAGCCUUAUCGAUGGGAUAUGUGGAUCCUGUGGGCUGUGUGAAUACAUUGAGAAGACAGAGGGUCGACAUGAUUCAAACACCGGAUCAGUAUAUAUUUCUGCACAUGGCACUUCUGGAGACAUUGAUGCUAUCCACAUCGGCACUAUCUGCGUCGCAGUUUCUGGCAGCUUAUAAAGAACUUAUGGCUUUCGGUAAUGACCAUAGGAGACGGAAGAUCGAUGUUGAGUUCUCUAGAAUGGAGAAAAUGUCUCCCGUGGCUGAUGAACGUCAAUAUGUGAGUGCAAAAGAAGUGAGGAACCGAAACAAGAAUCGGUAUACAAACAUCCUCCCAGUCGCGGACCACAUGCCGUACUUGACUCCUUCUGGAAUGAGGUCUGAACCUGAUUACAUCAACGCUGUAUUCUUACCGAAUUACAAGAAGAAGGGGGCGUUCAUCAUCACCCAGACACCUCUCAAAGUGACUAAGACCGACUUCUGGAGGAUGGUGGUUGAACACGAUGUCCAUACCAUCGUCAUGAUGAACAAUAGGAGUGAAAUGAAGGAAGACGAAAUAUUCUGGCCUGAAAAUGAAGACCACAUGUUAAAUGAGAACAUGACGAUUGGCAAGACAGGCGAGGAAUGUAAAGGAGGAUUAAGGAAGAUAACGCUUGACUUGAAUCGGUUUGGAAAGACACGGAAACUUCAGCUUAUACAAUUUGAAGGAUGGCCUAAUUAUUCAGCGUUGCCAUCCUCUCCAAAAGAUAUUAUAAACCUCUUCGAUGCAGUGCAGUACUGGCAACAUCAAUCAGGAAACAACCCUGUUCUCGUGCAUUGCAUGAACGGAGCAGACAGAAGUGGCUUGUUCUGUGUCGUGUCAGCAGUCUUGGAGAGGAUGAAGAUAGAACAAGACGUUGCUAUUACCCAGGUCAUCAAAGAGAUGAGGAACUACAGGGAACAGAUUGUUCCUUCUCUGGACCAGUUUCAGUUUGUACAUGAAGUUAUCAAAGAAUACAUUCUACAAAAUGAAACAUAUUCAAAUUUCACCGACUGAGGUCCACGGGCUAUGGAGAAAUGUGAUAUUUAUAAAGCAACCAUUGUUUUUUUUUAUACGUGUGUAUUGGUUAUCUUAAUCUGUCAUAAAUUACGUACUAUUUGUAAAUGUGCUUUUAUAUAAUUAUUUCACACUCGAUUGCUUUAAUGAAAAUGUCAAGUUGAUGUACAUGUGUAUUAUAUUCUCAAACAGUGGUGAAUGAAGCUAAAUCUUUAAGAACAUUUCUUUGCCAAACCGUACUCUUUUGAUUGUCGUUGUCAUAAAAAUGUGUUUUUAUAAAAUGUACGUAUAUUAAAGUGGCAACGUGUUUGCAAAGCGGGAAAUACAAGUGUUUACACCUCUCAAGUACCGGAACACCCGUGACUGUUGUAACAAAUAAUAGCUAAGAGCGUACGUGUAUAGUUAUUAUUCAAAGCUAUGCUUUGAAGUGUCUGAAUCGGAAAUACGUUUUGUAUUGUACAUCAUUAAAUUAUCAGUGUUAAGAACUCCUCGAUAUAAACUUUAUAAACCCUUUUGGUUUGUAAGGUAAAAUUCGCUACUUGCAAAAGUGGUGUUCCUCAGAAGCAGGAAGUCGUUGCUAUUCAAAAAUGAGUUGGAAGAGUCUCACUUCUCAUACAAAUCAGGAAGAAGUCUAGUUUCAUUACGUUCACAUACUUAUUUAUUAAUUAAAUCUCAUUUUUCGUGAAAACGUGACUGCCUCCACAAGACAUAUUUCGCU